UAGCACUAGUCUGCAUUCUUCGAAGGCAAGCGACGCAAUGUUGUAAUAAUGGUCACACAUCUGACUGCAGCUCUUUCACUGCCCGCGAACGCUUCUGUUAUAACCAUGAAAGAAAGCUCUUUUGUCGUGUCGCGCCGCAUUCGCAGCGUAGAAGGUGAAGAGGAAAGGCGGAGUCCGUUGGAAUAUCAAGCGCAGUUCCAGUGACGAGGAUGAACGCGCACGGUGGAUUCCCGCCACUCCGGCGGCUGCGCGUGGGCAUCAGUGAGAGAGUUCCAUAUAAAAGCUCCCGCAUCCUCCUCAGCCUCUGACACUCUCUGUUUGAACGAUACAGUGUCUCCUCUCCCUCCUCCUGCUCCUCCUACUCCAGUGUUUUCUCGGAAACAUUUUCUGCAGUAGAAAUUAAAAUUCUCGUCUAUGGUUCUGACUCAAGCUUCCAAAAUGUCCCGGACCGACGAGGUGCAUCGUAUAACGGAGAAUGUCUAUAAGUCCAUCAUGGAGCAGUUCAACCCUUGCUUGAGGAACUUUGUUGCCAUGGGGAAGACUUAUGAGAAGGCCCUCUCCAGUGUGACAUUUGCAGCAAAAGGCUACUUCGACGCACUGGUGCGGAUGGGAGAGCUGGCCAGCGAGAGUCACGGCUCUAAGGAUCUUGAAGAGGCAGCAUGGGAUGUGCUUUUUCAGAUGGCGGAGGUUCACAGACAGAUCCAAAUGCAGCUAGAGGACAUGCUGAAAUCAUUCCACAAUGAAUUACUCACAGAACUGGAGAAAAAAGUGGAAUUGGAUGUUCGCUAUUUAAAUGCAGCUCUGAAGAAAUAUCAGAUGGAACACAAAAGUAAAGGAGAGAGUCUGGAGAAGUGCCAGGCUGAACUGAAGAAACUGCGCAGGAAGAGUCAGGGCAGCAAGAACCCCUCCAAAUAUGGAGACAAGGAGAUGCAAUACGUCGAGACCAUCAGCAGCAAACAAAAUGAGCUGGAUAACUACAUCUCUGAGAGCUACAAGAACGCCCUGUCCGAAGAGAGACGGAGGUAUUGCUUUCUUGUUGACCGUCAAUGUGCAGUGGCCAAAACGAGCAGCACCUACCACACCAAGGGCAGAGACUUGCUAACGCAUAAGAUCCCAUUGUGGCAACAAGCAUGUGCCGACCCAAAUAAACUCCCGGAGCGGGCGAUGCUUCUGGCUCAGCAGAUGGGCUCAGGAGCGGUGGGGACGCUGGGACACCACACCUCUAAAUCUAACCUGACCAUCUCAGACCCCAUCCCUGGGGCCAAGCCACUUCCUGUGCCACCUGAGCUUGCAGCUCUCAUGGGGAGCCAACAGACGAGGAUGAUGGGAGCCGAAUGUGUACCCAUAAUGAAUGGAUCAGGGGCCCAUGGAGGAGAAGAUUACCAACGCUGGAUGGAGACCAGAGCCGCACACGAGAAACCAUCCGCGCAAUCUCACAGACACGGUGUAGAGACCUUCUCUAAUACCCUGCCUGUGCGCAAAGGUGCUCCUGCAAAGCCUAAGAACACUCUGGAGACACAGACCCUGCCCAGGUCAAGCUCGAUGGCAGCUGGGCUGGAGAGAAAUGGCCGAACACGCGUUCAGGCCCUUUUUUCCCAUGCCGCCGGGGACAACAGCACUCUCCUCAGCUUUAUGGAAGGAGACAUCAUCACACUGUUGGUGCCUGAAGCCCGAGAUGGCUGGCACUACGGUGAAAACGAGAAGAACAGAAUGAGAGGCUGGUUCCCGUUCUCUUACACGCGUGUAAUUCCCGAACCAGACAGCAACAAACUCCACGUCAGUUUGCAGCAUAACAGGAGCAGCAGCACAGGAAAUCUUCUGGAGAGAGAGAUGGCGUUGCCAACACCUGAUUACGGCAUGCCCGCACGCUUCCUCGCCCAGCAGCAGAGCACACCACACAGCCGACAGAGACCGUACAGCAUGGCUGUGCCAGGAUUCUCACAACAAGGGCUGGAGGAGUACGAGUCUCGAUUCCAAACAAGAGUGACGGACCCUCUCCAAUUCACCACAUUUGCGCUCACAUCUCGCCAAAGACAAAGCAAUUUCAUCAGCAAGCAGAAACCCAAACUCAUCGCAACUGAAGACCAUGGAUCUCGACUCCAUUGUUAGGACAAAUGUUUGCAGGCCACAUGAAGAUACUGUACAGAACAUUACCUUACACACACGAUCCACAGAACGCCAUCAUCUAUUCAUUCUACUACUGCAUUACAAGUUGAGCUUAUCAUAUGAUCCUUAUGAUAAAGAAACCAUCACUCGACAAAUGAAAAUAUAUUUAGUAAGAUCGUCCUACUUUUAGUCGAUUGUACGUUUGGUCCAUUGAAGAAAUCUGCUCAAAUGACCAGAUAACAUAUAUGUAUUUGUGUCUCAUACUGCACAGUUUCUGCCCUCUUUCCACCAUAGGCUACAACAUAUUUGUUUUCUCUUGCACUUUGAAUAAUUCAAAAUAAGGUUCAGCCUCAAUAAAGUGAUUCAAGCAAAACUUGAAUCUUAUUGUUUUUAAUAUGGACAGCAAUGCACCUCUUUAUUUAAUAUCAUGCAUUUUAUGAUAGAUUCUGCAUUGUUAUAUAAACAAUUUCUCACAAUAUUUCAUUCAUAUCACCAUCACAAUUCUGUUUGGUGACAUCAAUCUGCAAAAUGUUUUACUUUUGUAUUUCACAGAAAAAGAAAAAUGCACACUUCAUGUGUCAUAAUCAUUUUGCAAUGAUGUUUUUUCAGAUAUUAAAAAUUCUAGGCCUACUAAGAAGGGCCUGGAGAAUAAAUCUCAAAGCUAUGUCUUCUCUAGAUAGAAAUGAAUAGAGACUGCUCUCCAAGAAUGUCCCACUCCCUCAACUUCCUCUUUAUCUUAUCUUUAAAAAAACCCUCAUCACCAUUUCUCAAUAAUCACACUUAUUCAAUGUUACAUAAAUGUUGCCAACCAUUUGUGGAAAAUAGCUGACGCCUGCUCACUUGCUCGCUAGAUGGCGCCAAGCAUCGGCACUUUACAUCUGUUUUCCACAAAGCCUGGCUGUUGUAUUUUCAUAAUAUAGACAAAAAUAAUGUCAAAUAAAGCUGUUCUCAUUUAGCCUAUAUCUUCUGGCUGAAAACCAGUGCGUAACGAGCCAACACCGGGCCCUUAAGAAGGAUUUUUAAUGCGGGCCCCCCCCCCACCACCGGCAAUGUCCACGAUUCGCACAAUUAAAAAACACACUGCUGGUGACGGCGCACCAUAACACAUUGUUACUCACUGCUAUCAUGACUACACACACAUAAGCCUAGGUCCAAAUACAUUUUUUUAAAAAAAAAUAAAAUGCUUACUUGCAUUAUAGCUGCAUUUUCAGGGCUUUCCUCUGUGCGAAGUUGUCGAUUGAGAUCCAGAUGGCGCGCGGGGGCAUUCUCAAUUAACAAUAUGGCAAGUCCAGAGAGACGACUCUGUCCCAUUGAGCUCUUGAGAUAGCUUUUUUAUCAGUUUCAGUUUUGAAAAAGAACGCUCUGCAGAAGCCACUGUCACUGGGAUGGUGAGAAAAAGCAUGAAAGCAGUGCAAACCUCCCCGAAACUCGCUCGCAGUGAUGCAGCUGUUCUCGACAAUCAGCAGUUGCACUGUUUUCAUUUGUGAGAUACGGUAUUUCAGGCAUGAACGAAAUGAUAAUUCAUUUGUCAAAUUGCUUUUUCCGUUUGGGCUUUUGAAAGCGAUUUUUGUGUUUGUAAUUUGACCACUCAAUCUCAAGUUCAAACUUUUUUUUUUACGUUUGCGCAUGCGCAUGUUCACCCGGGGAUUCCCCAGUCCCAUUUGAAACAAAUUGCACCAAAAUCCAUUAUUGUUUGUUUCAAACACAUUCAAUGAUCAGUUCGACGUUGUCGUCAUAAAAUAUAUUUGCGAAAAAUUAAAAUGCGAUCAGACUAAAAGUAGAAAAUGCGAUGGGGGGCCCAGCUGUCAAUUAUCUUCCAGGCACGCCGGCCCCUGAUUGGUCCAGGCCCGUAAGCAACCGCGUACCCUGCCGAUAGUUACGCAGUGACAGACUACACAGCAAAUCCAUGAAAAUCAAAAUGCUAGAUUGUUAGCUGUUGUUGGAUUGCUAGACAGGCACAAUCAUUUAUUAUAGUUUUCGAGAAACUCGUCAUGCCCUGCAACAGUUGAAAAAGAAAGACCCGGCCUUCAUGCAUAGCAAAGGGAACUUGGCAGUUUAAAUAUUGGUCUGAAUGCAUUAUUUUGCUUUAUAGUUUUUACUUUAAUGAAGGUAUUAUGCACUACUUUCUGCUGUGAUGAAAUCCUGUCAAAGCUUGACGAUACUUUGACAUUUUGUUCUACAACAUAAAUUACACACACCCAUAGUGAAAACGUGAAUUUUGAAGCAGUUAUUAGCAGUCAAAGCAGUUAUUUUUGACAAUGAUUGCAUUGAUUGAUUGUAUGUAUUGAUGCAUUUCAAAUAAAUGUAUAAAUGCAUUUUGAAUAAAUGUAGUGAUUCUUUUUGAAAAAA